AGUCGUUGAUUCUCUCAUUGCUAUUCAAGAUCACACAUACACGCACAUAUAGAGAGAGUGAGAGAAAAAAACUUUGUCAAUCAAAUCAUACAUACAGCAUGGGUCCGAAAAUGGAACAAGAAAUUAAUCUUGAUGAGCUUACCGAUAUGAAUCUUCUGCAAAAUCUGUUGGAUCAGACUGAAGAUAUUGAUGAUCGGAAAGCGAUUCGUGGACGCAUGCAAGAAAUACGUUCUAUCGAAAGAGCUAAACGAGAUGCAAAAUUGGAACGAUUAAACAAUAGCCGUCAAGAGAUGAUCGACGAACGACAACGAAAAGCAGCUGAACAUAAAGCCCGUACAUUGGCUAUGUAUGAUCAGAUGGCACGAUCUGCACCGGCUGGUGGUAAAAAAACAAUGGACAUUGGUAUCUAUACAACCGGACAAGUUACACCACCAUCCUCUCCAAGCAUCAAUGACAAAGGUUUAGUCGAAGAUGUUCUACAGCAAUGUAAACGAAGUGCCGAAGAACGAAAGAAAAAAAUUUUGGAAUCCUAUUCAGUGGCUGCACGUUCAGGACCUGCUGGUGCAAUGACCAAAGAUGAUCCAGCACAGGAAUUUAUUCGACAACGACAACAAGAAGCCGAAGAAGAUAAGAAACGUUUAUUGAAAGCAUAUGAUUAUGUAUCAAGACAAGGUGCUGGUCCUAAACAAGUUGUACUCGAAGAAUUAAAACGAUACGAUGUCGAUCCAGGAGAAUUGGUGGAAGAUCCACGUUUGAAAAAAGUCAUCGGUACCACAUCGUUUAGAGAUGGCACGAGCAAAUAGAAACAACAACAACAACAGAAAACCAUUGACAUCCAUGCCAAUAAUCAUUGCCGCAUCACAAUUGAAAUAGUCACAAAUAAAAUUCAAAUGAAUCAUAAUUUAUUUGUUUGAUCAUCAUUCGUCAGUCAAAUCAGAAUUGGAUUCUUCUGCCAUUGAGCCAACUAAUUAACCAACCCUUGAAUCAUUAUUAUUGUUUCUCUGCCAUUUUGAUUUUUUUUUUUUUUUUUUUCGUUUUCGUUUUCUUUCGCAAUCUAUUUAAACAUGUUGUAAUGAUGAGUAAAUUCUAUCGUUUGCACUCAUAUACAAACACAAUACAAUUGAGCUUUCCUUUGCAACGAAUUUAUGUCAAUCAAUGAAUAUAUAUUCUUUACAUAGCCUGAUACGUGAUAAUUAAAAAAAAAAUUCUAUAUUUUCAA